UGUGUGACAUUAGUUAACUGGGAUAUAAUCACGAUGGUUAUUUGGAGUUCUUAUUAUAAAUGUGCCAAUCGACUAUCUCAGGCCAUGAGAGUGGGUCCUGGGUGACGGAAGUAGAGAGAGUGAGUUGAGACGCUCCAGCUAAGGUUGCUCGGCGGUGUGGCUGGCAGUCUCGCCCUGUCAGUUAGUCGCCAUAUUGCUGUUUGUUUACACUUGUGUCCGCGAACUUCCCCACCCACCUUCUCAAUGAACUUGGAUUAAAUACCGUGUUGACUUACUUUUCUGAUAACUGUGUAUAGCUAGUGACAGACAAGAUGUUAAGAUUUAUGAAGAAAGAUAAGGAUAAGGAGGAUGACAAGAAGAAGAAGAAAGAUAAAAAGGAACGAAAGGAGUCCAAACGUUCAAAAGACAGGGCUACUCUUACCUUAGAUGAGUUAAAAAGAUUGGAUGAGGCCAGACGAAGCCUUAUUGGUAAGGGGCGUAAAAAGAAAGAUGACAAAUUGCCUAGUGGUAUUACGGCUGAUUACAUGGAGCAGUUCAGAUCAGGGCUCGGGAAUGAUCAAUCAGAAGUAGAUUUAAGCUCUGCUGGUACUUUUCAGGAGUUAAGGGAACGUUAUGAAGCCAUGGCAUCAGCCUCCAGUCUUCAGAGUGAUUCCAGUAGUGAUGGAAUUUCACUUAGAUCAGGUAUAGGAAUGCCACCCAGACCUCCAAAACGUGGAAUCUUAAAGGGGAAGGGAGACUUUGAUAGUGCAGAAUACCAAGGUGUAAAAGGAGACAUAGAUGAUGAAUCUAACCUCUUAGAAAAUACCAUGCAAAAUGAACUUAUUAUGUAUGAAAACCUCCGUCAAGACCGAGCAUUGUUAGUGCAGAGAUUGUCCAUCACAUCCUUGACCAGUCCACGACGAGUGUCUAAUGGGUCUGCACUAUUAAGUCCCCGCAGUCCCCCGCAGCAGUUGAUGAGUCCUUUACGACAGCCUCACCCAAAGUUGGUAGUGGAGCACAGCCCAGUUGAUGGGUUUGACCGUGCCACUAGUCCUCCCGCCACUCCAACCAGUCCUAUACCUGUGGGUGAGAGUGUUGGUCAUCACAACACCAAAACAUUUGCUGCUGACCUGAGACUUCCUGCCCUAGUACCUGCUCAGCCACCAGCACCACGUACCCUUACUAUUGAUCGCUCCCCAGCUGGAGACUUUGGAUUUUCACUCAGAAGAGCACAGGUUGUUGAACGUAGUCCCGAUAACACAGAGACGCGCCGCACCAUUGUUUUUGCUGAGCCUGGGGCAGUUGGUCGUGCCAAUGUAACCGGGCUACUUCCUGGUGAUCGACUCCUGCAAGUUAAUGGAAUCAGUGUAGAAAACAAAAUAAGAGAUGAAAUUAUUGAGCUAAUAAAAGCAUCACCCAACUGUGUCACCUUAGUGUGGGGUAAUGUGAAGUUGAAAGUGAGCUACUCCAUCAAGGUUCAGGACAUUGCACAGCUGAAAGAGCGCAUCACGGCGGUGAUGGCCUCCGUCACACUUGCCAUGUUAGACUGUGUGGAGGAAAAUGAAGAACCGUUGUGA